AUGUGUCUGUGGUUCUUUACCCUACCUUCCCAUUGAAAUGGUGUGUUGUGGUGGUUUUUAGGUCAAUAAUCCUGAUAACUAUUUAUUAUUUUAUUGAAAUGCACUGUUCAAAUGUCUUAAUGCUGUAUUAAUUAUAUUUUGUUUCUUUUUGUGAUGUGUUGUGCCUAUUAUGGAUGUAUUGUGCGUUGAAAAUAUUUACAUUUUGUGGGAGUAAUGACACUGAAGAAAAUCGCGAAAAUGUCAACAAAAUCUCAUAUUUCUACGGAAUUGAGUGACAGUAUAAGCAAUGUACUGGGGAAAAAUGUUAAAAUUCUUUACAAGUCCCUCAUACGCAUGGAAUCAAGAGGUGAUAAAGUGGACAACAAGGUCUUGGUGGUAACAGCAUACAGAAUAUUUAUAACUACAGCUAAAGUUCCAACCAGGGUGGACAAUGGAUUUCACUUGAUGGAAAUAGAAGCCCUUGAGAGUAAAAAGGCAAAUCACCUGUCAAUAACACUCAUCCAUGAACACAAGCCAGUAUCCAUACUCAUAGGUGAGGAAGGGACCGCCGAAGGAGUUAUAAACGUACUACAUGCAUUAGUCGCAGCCUUUGACGAUUUAUUCCCAAAUGUAGCCGUCAUUGACAUUAUAUCCAAGGUAAAUCUACCGUAUCCAAUGCCUCAAGUGAGCGGCACUCGGAAGCACUCGACAUGCGGUGAUUUCUCCAAUCAAUACGCAGCUAUGUGUGAUCUCUGCCAAACGCCCUUCAGAGCUGAAGUGGCGUGGGAUAUUGAUACGAUAUAUCUGGCACACGAUAUUCGAAUGUUACAUCUAAAGGAUUUUGAUCAUUUAGAUCAAAGGGACCUAAUCCCUCUAGUAAUGGCGCUACAACACAACACGUGGUUCAACGGCGUUUGCGGCGACGGCGUACGUGCAAGCGGCGAGGCGUGGGAGAGCGUGUGUCGCGUCGUGCGCUCCGCGUCCCCUGCCCCAGCGCGCCUGUCGUGGCGGGCCGCGGCGUUACGCCACGACCACGCAGCGCGUCUGGGACAUGCCUUAGCGAGAGCCCGCCACUCGCCUGCAAUGCAUACCAUCGACUUCUCGCAGAACCAUAUUGAGGACAAAGGUGCUAUUAGUAUACUGAGCGGUCUCGCGAACAAUAUGGACGGGAUGAGACAUAUUGCGUUGUCGCAAUGUGGCCUUACCGGCAAGACUGUCAUGCAUCUUGCGACCAUGCUCAAUGACAACCCCAGCCAUCUGUCUACCCUCUCGCAUCUUGACCUAUCCUAUAAUAACUUGAAGGAUGAUGUACACAAUCUAUACAACUUCCUAGCACAACCGAAUGUGUUAACGCAUUUAAACUUGACAAACACCGAAACUACGUUAGAAAACAUGUGGGGGGCCCUACUCCGUGGUUGCGCCGCCCGGCUGGCCACUCUGUCAGUGGCGCGCAACCCGUGGUCGGCGGCCCGACGCGCGAGGGACCCGCCGCCUUCAUUCCGACAGUUCUUCACCGCUUGCCUAGCAUUGACUGAGCUGGAUUUCUCCUACUGCAAGAUGCCACCAGAUGCGCUCAAGAGCUUACUGCUCGGUUUGGCGUGCAACGAGAGUGCGACGGGCGUGCGGUUGAAUCUGUCGGGAGUGCUGUCAUCGUCGCAGGCGGCACAUGUGCUCGAGUCCUGUAUACACGGCGUUAGAUGCUUGCAGUCGCUCGAUUUGUCUGAUAACAGCAUGGAGUUCGAGUUAUCCGGUAUAGUGAGAGCGAUUGGCAAAAAUCACUCCAUAACACAUUUAUCUCUAAGUAAGCUCACGGGAAAGAGGUCGUAUGCACCGCCUUUAAUACAGGCUCUAGUCCACGUCCUCCAAGAACCCGACACAGCAUUGACCUCUUUAGAUCUCAGUGAUUGUAAGCUAAAGGGUGAUCUAUACGGCCUACUGAACGCGUUAGGCGGUGCCAGACGCCUUCGUUCUCUAGAUGUAGGCGGCAACCUCGCAGGCGACGCGGGCGCACGGCUGCUAGCGAAGGCGUUACAGUGCAACUGUACGCUACAGACAUUGUAUAUAGACAGGAAUGCUUUCAGUUUGCAAGGAUUGACGGACAUAGCGACGGCACUCCGUCGUUCGGUCAGUGUUCGACGCGUGGAGUUCCCGGGUUGCGAUGCGGCGGCCGGAGGCAGAGGCGCGAGCGAGCGAGUCGCUACUCUAUGGAGAGAUUUGCAUGAACGGCUGGCCAGCAACUGCAGCCCGGCUCAGACACAUACGCUGCGGGCGAUGGCGCUGGAGCGAGCGUGGGCGGGAGGCGAGGCGGCCGCCGCGCUCGCCGCACACGCCGCCGCCGCGCUGCCGCCGCCGCCGCUGCCCGCCGCGCUCGAGCGAGCCGCCGCCGCCGCGCAUCAUCUGUUGCACCAGUACCUGCAGCGAUGCGGGGAGGUGUUCGCGGCGAUGGGCGGCAGUGGGCCUAGCGGGGAGCUGGUCACGUUGCAAGCCGUGCGAGAUGCCAUGGCACCGUGCACCACCACCCUGCAGGACUUGCUCAAUCAAGCAGUGGAGAGUUUAGCCUUGCUGGCGUGCGAGAACGUCGAUCAUAUAGACAGCGAGCCGAUGCCUAGCGCCGACGGAGACAUACCCGAUCUGCUCACUCCUAUAUCACAUUCUGGGGCGACACCGCUGGGAUGUCGUCGUCGCGAGCGCGGGUGCCGGCGCGUGCGUCCCAAGUCAGUGGCGGAGCAACAAUGCAGCAGCAACGAGAUGCUCUCCCUGCCGCCCUUGCACGCCGAGGCGGCCGACGCACUGGCCGAAUUGCCCGCACACACUCUGCGACACCUCGUCAAAGGUCGACCUAGACGAGCUAAGACAAGGGCGCCGACGCGACCUAUUACAGACCAGUCGCAGGAUAUCGAUGAAGGUCUGGAGGAGUUCUGGCGUACGUGCCGCACUCCACCGGGCAGCGAGGAGGCGUCGCUGUCCGCGCGCACGCCGCUCACGUCGCGCUCGCUGCACUCGCUCUCCUCGCUCGCCUCGCCCUCGCCGCUGCGCCACUCGCCCACGCUGCAGCGCGACGACACCAUGUACAGUGUGACUUCCGGGGAAAGCACGCCAGUGUUAUUAGAAUGCGAAGUAUCCCGCUGCAAAUCUUCAGACAAUGUAGGCAUCAAAACUUCAGCGUCUACACCGCCGCCAUCGCGAUCUUCAGAUAAUGUCAACACUAUGGGCAAUGGGUGCGCGCGCACGCCCGGCAAGGCCCGCCCCUGGUCCGUGGCCGGCGUCAACCCCGACAAUAACGCCGCUUGUACCACCGAAGGCGUGGAGGCGUGCGUGGGAGGCAGCAUCGUGGGGAUCACGCCGGGCGCCGCAUUAACCAGUUCAAUGUUACGAGAUCAUCCUUUAACUCCAGAGGGCACUGAAACCUAAGCCAAGCUCGGGUGCAGUCAGCGUGACGGAGACAGUUCGUGAUAAGUUGAGCAGGGUUCAAUGUCCAGAUGUUACACAAAAACGGAUUUUAUUCUCGGAUGCUCACAAUUGUGCCAGUUAGAAUGUUAACGUUUUAGACAGUAAAAUAGUUACUGAUUAGGAUUCUAAUAUUGUAUUUGAAUAAAACUGAUCGCCAUUUUAAUUGCUGUAUGGAACGAUUACUUUUAAAACUUUUAACAUUAAGGACAUAUGAAGAUGAUGGUCAUAAUAAUUCCAAGUAACUUAUGCUAGAAUUAAAAUUAAAAUAUUAUAAUCAUUUUCUAUUUACUGUGAUUCAGUUAGUAUUAUGUUACUGAUUCGUGUAGUCAUUAAUAUAUUUUAAUCGCUUAUAAUUUAUAGAUAUUCGUAACCUAUCCCACCAACGGAUAUAUUAUUUUGAGUGGGAUAUAUAUUAUUUGAUGUAAUGAAUUAUUAUUUCUUUAUACAAAAGUAUUUGUAAUAUUUCAUGAGAUUCAUAUUUAUUUAGUUUGAAACAGGUUUUUGCUUUGCCAAAGCUUGCCGCAGUUUCUUGACAGUCAAUAUUUCUUACAUAUUUAUGUUCAAAUUUAAAGUGCUACAGUGAUAGUAUUGGACUAUAUUUCAUAGCUUUCGGCAUUGCCGAAUCGAUAACGUAGUUUAAAAAGUAUUUGGCGUUCUCUUCAGCUACGUAAAGCUUUUCAUCACAGGUUCGUGGUUACCUACUUACGCACAAAUGUUCAGAUUUUGGUAGAUACGCGUUUAGCGUCUAGAGUAAAAUCACAUUUUACUGUAAAGUAUUAUUAUAUUCUAUGAUAAUACAACGAGAAAAAAUGAUGUCAUUCUCGAUUGACAUAAUGCUUCAAUGACUAAAAUGAGACACCCGAGGAAUCAUUCGACAGUUACCCUUUGAUGACAUCUUUAUCUUUUUACAUGCCAUAAUGAUUCUAGUAUUACUGUGGGAUUGCUAGAAAAGAAUAAAGUAUUACAACGGUUACUGGUUCCGUUAUGGUGGCCCCGUUUUAGUUAUUACUUACUUGACACGUACUGGGUAUUUCCACCCAUUUAUAUUAAAAGCUCCAGCCUUAAAUUCGGCAGGUCAAACUACCUACUUGACAAGAAUGCAGUAACGACAUAGGUCACCUUUUACAUAAUGUUAGAUUCAAACCACUAUGUAUUACAAUAUGGGUUUCAAUUUGUUCAGGAUUGGUAAGGCGUUCGGAUCGGAAAGUUAUUGGUCUUAACUAGUCAUAUUUUAAAAGGCCUACAUAAUUAAUUACGCACAAUUGUUUUACGUCCGAAUUUAUUAUGAAUUCUGAGAAUACGUUUGUAAUAUAAUUUACCAUGACAGAUAUCUUCCAGUUUAUACAUUCCUUUGUAAAUUUUAAAGUAGACAUGUAUUUUGAAAUAUUUAACAAGUGUGAUUUUAAAAUGAAGUUCAAACGUGAAGUGAGUUUUUAGAUUAGUGCACUUGCAGAGAUGUAUGUAAGGUUCAAUUUUGCGAUAAUUUGAUGAAAGUAGAUGACUCGCCCCAUACAGUUAAGUGUUCAUUAGAGUAAAUAUUUGUAAAACUAUUACAUUCAUUUAUCUCUUGAAUUCAUAAAGGCUGUCUCGUACUGGAGUUUCCUGUAUGUAAAAUUACUGAUUGAGGUAGAUGUAUAUUGCUAAAUUAUUUCAUAGUAUUUUUAUAUUCAUUCCAAUUUAGUUGGUUUUAUCUAGCUCUUUGGUACCAGACUGAUUUUAAGGUACUUUUAUUUUAUGGUGCAAUUUAUGUCUAGAGCGUUGUGAUAAUCGUUUAAAAUUACAUACAUUAUACAA